AGUUGAACAAGUAGAGAACUCAGGGCAUAACGCCCUAAGCUCUAUGGCGAAGUUCAUAAAGUCAUUCUUCUCGGCGGAUCGGAGGAGGUCCCGCAACGAAGAGUGCGAGGAGGACAAGAAUAUCGCUCUGUCUUUGGACGGAAGGAGAAAGCUGUCUCUUUCGCGGUCAGGGCGAAUGAAACAGGCCAAUAGGAAGCGACAAUCUCUAUCAUUGGAUGUUUAUAAUCAUGAUAUACAAAUGUCAGAGAAACCAAAGACAACAGAAAUCCAGACCGCUCAACGGAAGUCAGUCAUAGAGGAAAACAAGACGGAAAACGUGCGAAGAAGUCUCAACGCCGAAGAGGAAAUAGACACCGCUUUCGAAAUUAUCAACAAAACUAUAAUAACUGACUUAUAAUAAUUAGGUGACUGUUAUAUUAAGGAAUUCUAGUACUAUAGACAUCGAUCCUAUUAAAAAGUGGAGCGACCAAAAAGUCCCCACUCAAUGAGUGCCAAACCCACCUUCUUGGUACUCAAUUCAAGUAGUCGCAUUUGCAAAUUCAACCCUAAUCUCAAUACUUAAGGUUGACUUUGCUCUGAAUUUGGGAUUUUAUUAAAUAUUGGACU